AUGCAGAGAAUGAUGAAGGCAUUUAAUGGUUCAGGUUCUGGGGACAAUUUCACCGAAACGCAGUCCACUGUUCUGAUCACUUUGAUUUUGCUGGCUGGCUUGUUGAUGGUUUUGGGAUACCUCUGGGUAAUCGUGACAGUGGCUCGCACUCGGAGACUCCACACCGCUUCGGACUCCUACCUGGCAAGCUUGGCGGUGGCCGAGAUUGUAGUAGCGGUGUGUGGUUUACCUGCAAUAUUCAUCCUCAGCAGCAGUUCCGGAUUCAGCUUUGCAUCGGUUCUCUUCUUAUCCUGGGGUAUCCUCUUUUCUGUCCUGGGGUAUUUCUUGAAUGCCGUCCUGAUAGCCGCCGACAAAUGGCUCAGGAUCUCCCGCCCUUUCGUGUACGUGCGGGAGAUGACGUGGGCGAAGUGUACCGUCUGCCUGUCCGUAGUUUGGGGGUUGUCCGCGGCAGGGAGUCUUGCUGGGGCCGCUGCUCACGCAUCAUGCUUGAUGGGGGACUUUUCCAAUGACAGCGUGUUUUCAUCCUUUUCUGUUCAGGCGAUCAUCUUCUCCUAUGUCAUCAUCUUGCCCUGCGUCACAAGCAUCACUGUGUUCAACAUCUUAAUCGUGCGCAUCGCCAGGCACCAAGCUCGUGCCAUAGCGGCUGAUCUACCAGCCGCUCCCCGCGAGAUGAUGGAGGGACCACCUGGUGAACAUCAGAUGCAACCCCCGGCAACCAGCCUCAUCCCCCCGGUGCCGUUCAUCGCAAGAGCACCAGGCAAUUCUCCAUCUUCUUCUUGUCCUUCGUCCUAG